AUGAGCAUCCGCGUAAGCAUCGUGUUUCCUGCCUUCCCUCCCUCCAUUAUGCCAGCCGGCAAACUGUGUCAAACCACACGCGCUGACCUGUGCCCAUGCGAACCCUCCAGCAUCCUGCAAGCCGGCGCCUCCAAGGUCUUCAUCUCGUCCCGCAAAGCGGCAGCCUGCGACUCGGCCUGCAAAGAGCUCAACGCGCUCCCGAACCUCGCGCCCGGCGCCGUCGCCAUCGCGGCGCCCGCCGACAUUGCCACCCCCGAGGGCGUCGCGUCGCUGCUGGCGACGGUCAAGAAGCACACGCCGCACGUGGAUCUGCUGCUCGCCAACGCGGGCGCGACGUGGGGCGAGGCGUUCGACAGCCACCCCGACGGGGCCUUCGCCAAGGUCAUGGACCUCAACGUCAAGGCCGUGUUCGCGACGAUCCGCGACUUUGCGCCGCUGCUGCAGGUGCGGGCGUCGCGCGACGACCCCAGCCGCGUCAUCAUCACGGCGUCGGUUGCCGGCCUCGGCGUCGGCUCGCUCGGCGAGGCCGGCACCUACGGCUACAGCGCCAGCAAGGCCGCCGUCAUCCACCUCGGCCGCAACCUCGCGCUCGAGCUCGGCGGCCGCGGCAUCACGGUCAACUCGAUCGCCCCCGGCUUCUUCCCCAGCAAAAUGUCAAACGGCCUGCUCGACAUGGCCGGCGGGCCCGAGGUCGUCGGCAAGGGCAACCCCAUGGGCCGCCUCGGACGGCCCGAGGACAUUGCCGGCGCUGUCGUCUAUCUGGCGAGCCGCGCUGGGUCGCACGUCAAUGGCGAGACGAUUGCCAUCGACGGCGGCGCGCUGUGGGCGCGGGGCGAGCUGAACGUGAAGCUGUAG